AUGUCUGCCCCACUCGGUCCAGACAUGCCUAUGCCAGUACCUAAACCACGGGCUUGCUACAAGCGGUCUGGCGUGAGUUUACAGAGCCAGCUGUCUUCUGAGCGGUGAGUGAUCCUCGUGAUGUCCACUUGUUUUUACCAAACACCUGAUACGUUCUUGGGGAUUGUUUUCUAAUUCUUUGUUUUUACACUUGUUUUAAAGGGAUUUGAUACAUGAUACACCUGAUACGGGAAUUCAUAGCAAAGGUAGGCCCUGGUGCUUAUCAUGAUAACAAUGACAUAUUUAUAAUAAUAAAGAUUGGGACUAGAUAUACAUUUGAAACAAGAUUAGUUUAUAUUUUAUCAGGCUAAACAAGAUUUGUUCCGUGCAAGUCAUAAAAUAGUCUUCCCCACUUGUUACUCAAGGUCAAGGAGCUCAAGGAAGUCAAGGAAGUGCAUACUAUGUGAUACUGAGCUGGAGUCCAGUAAAGCAUUCCUACAGCUAAACAUAGCUUCAGUGUACUGUCACAAUAGCAACACAAGAAAAACUGGUUUUGUCCUGAACACAAACACUUGUGAUUCAGAGACAGACUUCUGAAAUACUUUUUUCACCAGACAACACAGCAUCUUUUACUGUACACCAUUUUAUCUUGGUUUCACAGGUAUUCCACCCGCAAAUGAUUUGCAGGCAGAAAAUGAAGACAACCCUGCCAUUAUCCUAAAUAAGCCUCCAGUCAGUCCUGCCAUUACCAGUCCAGCUGACCAGAAUCCAAGCCAGCGUAACUUCCCUCUCUUCAGAUCUGAUUCUGGAGUGACUCCAUCUUACCCAGUACUGGACAGUAAUGAGCCAGAUGGACUCCUUGACAGAUCUGCCUGGUUGUCCCUCUCUCCACACAGUCCGGCUGCAGAUACUGACCCCUACGUCAGUCCGGCUGCAGAUACUGACCCCUACGUCAGUCCGGCUGCAGAUACUGACCCCUACGUCAGUCCGGCUGCAGAUACUGACCCCUACGUCAGUCCGGCUGCAGAUACUGACCCCUACGUCAGUCCGGCUGCAGAUACUGACCCCUACGUCAGUCCGGCUGCAGAUACUGACCCCUACGUCAGUCCGGCUGCAGAUACUGACCCCUACGUCAGUCCGGCUGCAGAUAUUGACCCCUACGUCAGUCCGGCUGCAGAUAUUGACCCCUACGUCAGUCCGGCUGCAGAUACUGACCCCUACGUCAGUCCGGCUGCAGAUACUGGCCCCUACGUCAGUCCGGCUGCAGAUACUGACCCCUACGUCAGUCCGGCUGCAGAUUAUGACCCCUACGUCAGUCCGGCUGCAGAUACUGACCCCUACGUCAGUCCGGCUGCAGAUACUGACCCCUACGUCAGUCCGGCUGCAGAUACUGACCCCUACGUCAGUCCGGCUGCGGAUACUGACCCCUACGUCAGUCCAGCUGCAGAUUAUGACCCCUAUGUCACUGUCGUAGCUGACUGGGAAAAAGACCCUGGAUCCGGAUCUGAAUCGUCCAUUGAUGACGAUGCCGUUACUGGAGAAAUAAAGAACCCAUCCCACAUGAACAAGUGAGUAUCAAAGGACAGGUGCAAAAGCAUAGGCCACAGAACAGCAUAGGCCAUGGCUAAAGGCAGGGAAGAACACUACCGCUCAAAAGUUUUACAACACCUACUCAUUCAAGAGUUUUUCUUUAUUUUUGCUGUAUUCUACAUUGUAGAAUAAUUCCAUAUGUGUUAUUUCAUAGUUUUGAUGUCUUCACUAUUAUUCUAGAAUGUAGAAAAUAGUAAAAACAAAGAAAAAUCCUUGAAUGAGUAGGUGUUCUAAAACUUUUGACCGGUAGUGUAUAUCAAUGUAUUUAACUACAUGUAACAAGCUACAGGUCACACGAACACGAAUUGGUGGUAGAAAUGUUGAAAUGGCUUUGGGUCAUUCUUCUAUGCCUCUUACAGUGUGGCGUCAGGGCAGGUUUGUAUUGCUGUUGUCUCCAGUCAAGAAACCUAUCAACCUCCUGUGGACAAGGAGUCUAUGCAGACCAGACCUCUCAAACAGAAGAUCCCACGGUACGUCACAGCACCCCAUCACAACAGUCAGACAGACAGGAAGUUAACAGACAGCCUUCAUGGGGAGUUCAAUUAGAGUAAAAUGAUACCUAAUCAACUGAGAUUUUAAGAUAGUCACUUACCAAUAUUGAUACAAUUUCAAUGGGUUUUCAAUAUUAUUGCAUGGUUUUAAGGCUAUGAUAGAAUUGAAAACCAAUUGAAAUGAUAAUUUCGGGUGUGGCUCACUUGGCAGAGCGUGGCACUUGCAACACCAGGGUUGUGGUUUUGAUUCCCACAGGGGGACCAGUAUGAAAAUGUAUGCACUCACUACUGUAAGCCGCUCUGGAUGAGAGCAUCUGCUAAAUGACUGUAAUGUAAAUGUAAAAAUGUGUCGCCGGAUCAAACAUGGAACAGUAGCUAUUUGAUUUUGAGCUUGAUAUACUUGUUUGUCUAAUCACCUUUGAACUCUACAAGCGCCUUUGUUUACCUAUUCAGAUCACUGUUAUUACACGUGCCUAUACUUCCUGCUUCCUCCCCACUAAGAAUGUUCUCACCUGCGUAGCAGUGCUCUGUGCAAGACAUGAAGUGUGUUAUGCAACAGGCGUCUUGUAAUGAACCCAUGAGAUACUGUACAAGCAGUGGGUCUGUAAUUAAUGUGUAGCAUAUUUGGUCAAGAUAGCUGCCAGUUAAUGAAAUAUUUGUCAAGUUUCUUUGAGAUAACUUCUUCUGUCUCUGUCCACAGUGCGGCCACCAUCCGUGUCAGCAGGAGAAAACAGGCAGCAGUGAGUGGUGGUGCUACCCAGGUAGCAGAGUCCUCUCGUAGGGAGAAUGUGGUGUCCCGAUCCAGCUGGCUGGAUGUAUGGAAAGGCCGCAGGUAAUGUGGGACACUGUGGGUUAUAUGUGCUGUUACUGUUCAACAACACCUUACUGAAAUCACACUCUCUGAUAUGACAUUUCAGAUUAUUUUCCAAAUGUCAUUGCCUAAUUUCUAUGUAUUUGAAAAUGGUUCCUGAAGGCACAAUGUUCUGUGGGCCACCCUGGAUGGACCGUUGGUAUCACUUUGGAAGAAACGCACAGUGAGUGAAUUUCUAGCACCACCAUGGUCCAAUGGACCCUUAAUUUUUGACUAGAACUAAGGCAUAAUGUUGUUAUAACAUUAUUGUCUCUCCCAGGCUAUGCCAGUGAUCUGUAUCUCACACUAUUCCCUCUUUUUCUGUGCUGCAGGACAAGUUCACAGACUUAGUGUUCCAUGUGUCAAGCAUCACCAACGUCUGCAAGCAGGACAAAGGACGCUUCUCCCUUUACUUCCGCAAGAAGCACUUUGAGUUCAUGGCGCACAACGAAGGUAAGCUGCUGAUGUAUGUUGACUCUCUUUCUGGUUCCUACUGUUUUUGGUGCUUUGCCCUGUCUCUGAGCAUCUCCACUCCUCUCUCCCUGGUCUCAGCGGUGCAGGAGGGCUGGGUGACGUCCCUCCUGGCCUCUCGUGGAUGGGACCCCGCAGCCCCUCCGGAGCAGCAUGGAGCCCUGACCAUGAAGGACCCUCGCAGCAGCAGAGUGUACGCUGCCAUCUGUGGACACAACCUGUGGAUCUACAACAAUAAAGAGGUGAUGAAAGGAACAGGGCUCUGCUAAGCUCCACCACUAUGUGAUUGUUAUGACGGUUCAGGAGGAUAUCUUCAGUGUAUUUUGUGUUGUUCAGUUCAUGUUAUUUGUGCCAUGCAGGACUUCCAAUUGGGGGUUGGGAUGACCUAUGUGUCCAUGAACGUGGCUUCCGUGAAGCAGACUGGCCGUCAUAACUUCUGCCUCAUCACACCGUACAAAACCUUCAAGUGAGUGUCCGUCUCUCAGUCUCAGCCCCAGACUCAGUCUCAGCCCCAGCCUCAGCCCCAGCCCCAGGCUCACCCCAUCCCCAGCCUCAGCCCCAGCCCCAGACUCAGUCUCAGCCCCAGACUCAGUCUCAGCCCCAGUCUCAGCCCCAGUCUCAGCCCCAUCCCCAGCCUCAGCCCCAGCCCCAGGCUCAGCCCCAGCAUCAACCCCAGCCUCAGCCUCAGCACCAGCCUCAGACUCAGCCCCAGCCUCAGCCCCAGUCUCAGUCUCAGUCUCAGCACCAGCCUCAGCACCAGCCUCAGCCCCAGUCUCAGUCUCAGUCUCAGCACCAGCCUCAGCACCAGCCUCAGCACCAGCCUCAGCCCCAGUCUCAGCCCCAGUCUCAGUCUCAGUCUCAGUCUCAGUCUCAGCACCAGCCUCAGCCCCAGUCUCAGUCUCAGCCCCAGCCUCAGCCCCAGCCCCAGCCCCAGCCCCUGCCUCAGCCCCAGCCCCAGCCCCAGCCUCAGCCCCUGCCUCAGCCCCAGCCCCAGUCUCAACCCCAGCCUACACUGCUGCCUUCAACCAGCAGAGGACAGUGUAGUUAAUCUGAUUUUUGUUUAGAUCCCUUCCAAACUUGUGUAAUUACACAACAGCUCUUCUAUCAGAGUAUCCCAGUGUCUGGGCUGUGCAUGUGAGCGCCUUGCUUUACUACUGAGAAACAUGGUCUUUGUAUCUCUAGUUUCUCCACAGACUCGUCGAGGGAGCUGGCCGUGUGGCUGGGGAGCCUGAAUCAGGUGAUCCUCAGUGCCCUGUCAUGCAGCGAGGUGGCCCACCGACUCUGGGCCAACCCAUGGAACAAAGUGUGUGCCGACUGUGGCAGUGCCAACCCUGAGUGGGCCUCAGUCAACCUGCUGGUGGUCAUCUGUGAGGCCUGUGCAGGUGAGCUGGGACUGCGGUUAGACUCAGGAUGUGUACGGACUGCUCUGUAUGACCUAUGUUAAUGCUGUACCUAUUGUUUCUCUAAGGUCAGCAUCGCUCUUUGGGCAUCCAUGUCUCCAAAGUGAGAAGCCUGAAGUUGGACAGUAAAGUGUGGACCGAACCUCUGAUUCUGGUGAGAUGACUUUCCCUGUAACAGUGCUGCAGUAAACAGUGAAUUCGGAAAGUAUUCAGACCCCUUGACUUUUUCCACAUUUUGUUACGUUACAGCCAUAUUCUAAAAUGGAUGUAAAACAUUUAUUUUAGAAACCCAAAAAUGUCUUAAUCAAUCUACACACAAUACCCCAUAACGACAAAAAAAAAUAAGCAAUUUUAGCAUAUAUAUUUUUUAAACUCCGGAAAUAUCACAUUUACAUAAGUAUUCAGACCCUUUACUCAGUACUUUGUUGAAGCACCUUUGGCAGCGAUUACAGCCUUGAGUCUUCUUGGGUAUGAUGCUACAAGCUUGGCACACCUGUAUUUGGGGAGUUUCUCCCAUUCUUCUCUGCAGAUCCUCUCAAGCUCUGUCAGGUUGGAGGGGGAGUGUGGCUGCACAGCUAUUUUCAGGUCUCUCCAGAGAUGUUCAAUCGGGUUCAAGUCCGGGCUCUGGCUGGGCCGCUCAAGGACAUUCAGAGACUUGUCCCGAAGCCACUACUGCAUUGUCUUGGCUGUGUGCUUAGGGUCGUUGUCCUGUUGGAAGGUGAACCUUCGCCCCAGUCUGAGGUCCUGAGCGCUCUGGAGCAGGUUUUCAUCAAGGAUCUCUCUGUACUUUGCUCUGUUCAUCUUUCCCUCGAUCCUGACUAGUCUCCCAGUCCCUGCCUCUGAAAAACAUCCCUACAGCAUGAUGCUACCGCCACCAUGCUUCACCGUAGGGAUGGUGCCAGGUUUCCUCCAGACGUCACACUUGGCAUUCAGGCCAAAGAGUUCAAUCUUGGUUUCAUCAGACCAGAUAAUCUUGUUUCUCAUGGUCUGAGAGUCCUUUAGGUGCCUUUUGGCAAACUCCAAGUGGGCUGUCAUGUGCCUUUUACUGAGGAGUGGCUUCCUUCCGUCUGGCCACUCUACCAUAAAGGCCUGAUUGGUGGAGUGCUGCAGAGAUGGUUGUCCUUCUAGAAGGUUCUCCCAUCUCCACAGAUGAACUCUGGAGCUCUGUCAGUGACCAUCGGGUUCUUGGUCACCUCCCUGACCAAGGCCCUUCUCCCCCGAUUGCUCAGUUUGGGCGGGCAGCCAGCUCUAGGAAGAGUCUUGGUGGUUCCAAACUUCUUCCAUUUAAGAAUGAUGUAGGCCACUGUGUUCUUGGGGACGUUCAAUGCUGCAGAAAUGUUUUUGUACCCUUCCCCAGAUCUGUGCCUCGACACAAACCUGUCUCGGAGCACUACGGACAAUUCCUUCGACCUCAUGGCUUGAUUUUUGUUCUGACAUGCACAGGUGUGUGCCUUUCCAAAUAAUUUCCAAUCAAUUGAAUUUACCACAGGGGGACCCUAAUCAAAUUGUAGAACCAUCUCAAGGAUGAUCAAUGGAAACAGGAUGCACCGGAGCUCAAUUUCCAGUCUCAUAGCAAAGGAUCCGAAUACUUAUGUAAAUAAGGUACAGUGCUAUGAAAAAGUAUUUGCCCCCUUUCUAAUUUUCUCUGCUUUUGCAUAUUUGUGAUACUGUGUCACGCCCUGACUCUGGGGACUCUUAUUUGUUGAGUCAGGGUGUGAUUUUCUAUGUUGUGUAGUUCUAUGUUUUCUAUCUAGUAUGUCUAGAUCUAUGUUUGGCCGGGUGUGUUUCCCAAUCAGAGGCAGCUGUCGCUCGUUGUCUCUGAUUGGGGAGCAUACUUAGGCAGCCUAUUGGCACUAGUGGGUUGUGGGAUCUUGUUCCGUGUGAGGUUUGUUGUGUGUACCUUAGGACGUCACGUAUCGUUGGUUUAUUGUUUUGUCGUUGUGUUUAUUCGUUAAAUAAACAUGUAUGCAUAUCACGCUGCGCCUUGGUCUGACCCGUCUAUGAACGAACGUGACAGAUCUUCAACCAAAACCUAAUAUUAGAUAAAGGGAACAAAAGUGAACAAAUAACACAACAAUUACAUAUUUAUUUCAUUUAUUUCAUAAACAAAGUUAUGCAACACCCAAUUCCCCUGUGUGAAAAAGUAAUUGCCCCCUUACACUCAAUAACUGGUUGUGCCAACUUUAGCUGGCGAAAACCAAACACUGCAUUCCACAGUAAGAACAUCAUACCAAAGGUCAAGCAUGGUGGUGGUGGUGUGAUGGUUUGGGGAUGCUUUGCUGCCUCAGGACCUGGACGACUUGCCUUAAUAGAAGGAACCAUGAAUUCUGCUCUGUAUCAGAGAAUUCUACAGGAGAAUGUCAGACCAUCCGUCUGUGAGCUGAAGCUGAAGCGCAGCUGGGUCAUGCAGCAAGACAAUGAUCCAAAACACACAAUCAAGUCUACAUGAAAAUUGCUAAAAAGCAACAAAUUGGAAGUUUUGGAAUGGCCUAGUCAAAGUCCAGACCUAAUCCCAAUUGAGAUGUUGUGGCAGGACUUGAAACGAGCAGUUCAUGCUUGUAAACCCACACGUCACUGAGUUAAAGCAGUUCUGCAUGGAAGAGUGGGCCAAAAUUCCUCCACAGCGACGUAAGAGACUGAUCAACAACUACAGGAAGUAUUUGGUUGGAGUCAUUGCAGCUAAAGGUGGCACAACCAGUUAUUGAGUGUAAGGGGGCAAUUACUUUUUCACACAGGGGAAUUGGGUGUUGCAUAACUUUGUUUAUGAAAUAAAUGAAAUAAAUAUGUAAUUGUUGUGUUAUUUGUUCACUUUUGUUCCCUUUAUCUAAUAUUAGGUUUUGGUUGAAGAUCUGAUAACAUUCAGUAUCACAAAAUGCAAAAGUAGAGAAAAUUAGAAAGGGGGCAAAUACUUUUUCAUAGCACUGUAUUUCUGUUUUUUUAUUUUAUAAAUUUGCAACAAUUUAUUAAAACCUGUUUUUGCUUUGUCAUUAUGGGGUAUUGUGUGUAGAUUGAUGAGGGAAAAUGUAAUUUAAUCAAUUUUAGAAUAUGGCUGUAACAUAACAAAAUGUGGAAAAAGGGAAGGGGUCUGAAUACUUUCUGAAUGCACUGUAUGCAUAACCAAAUACAGAACAUCUAAAGUAACGUAAUGUGAAAAUAGGCACUGCUAAUAACUGAUGUGUUCUCUUUCCUCCAUAGCUGUUUGUCCAUUAUGGGAACAAAGCAGCCAAUGAUGUGUGGGGUCACAACGUGCCGGGUGCAGAGCAGAUUCUGCCAGACUCCUCUGUGGAAAAGAGAGGGGACUUCAUCAAGGCCAAGUACACCAAGGGCCGAUACAGAUGCACCCAUCCGCUAGCCUCCAGCCAGAGCCUGCUCAACCAGGUCAGCAAACCCCAGACCCAGUCUCAGCCCCAGUCUCAGCCCCAGUCUCAGCCCCAGCCCCUGUCUCAGCGUCAGCCCCUGCCUCAGCCCCAGUCCCAGCCCCUGCCUCAGCGUCAGCCCCUGCCUCAGCCUCAGCCCCAGCCUCAGCCCCAUCCUCAGCCCCAUCCUCAGCCUCAGACUCAGCCCCAGUCUCAGCUUCAGCCCCAGUCUCAGCCCCAGCCCCUGCCUCAGCCCCAGCCCCUGCCUCAGCGUCAGCCCCUGCCUCAGCCUCAGCCCCAGCCUCAGCCCCAUCCUCAGCCCCAGACUCAGCCCCAGUCUCAGCCUCAGCCCCAGUCUCAGCCCCAGGCUCAGCCCCAGUCUCAGCCCCAGUCUCAGCCCCAGCCCCUGUCUCAGCGUCAGCCCCUGUCUCAGCGUCAGCCCCUGCCUCAGCCCCAGUCCCAGCCCCUGCCUCAGCGUCAGCCCCUGCCUCAGCCCCAGUCCCAGCCCCUGCCUCAGCGUCAGCCCCUGCCUCAGCCCCAUCCUCAGCCCCAGCCUCAGCCCCAGUUUCAGUCUCAGCCCCAGCCCCAGCCCCAGCACCAGCCUCAGCCCCAGACUCAGCCCCAGCCCCUGCCUCAGCCUCAGCCCCAGCCUCAGCCCCAUCCUCAGCCCCAGUCUCAGCCCCAGCCCCAGCCCCAGCCCCUGCCUCAGCCUCAGCCCCAGCCUCAGCCCCAUCCUCAGCCCCAGACUCAGCCCCAGCCCCAGCACCAGCCUCAGCCCCAGUCUCAGCCCCAGCCCCAGCCCCAGCCCCUGCCUCAGCCUCAGCCCCAGCCUCAGCCCCAUCCUCAGCCCCAGACUCAGCCCCAGCCCCAGCACCAGUCUCAGCCCCAGCCCCAGCCCCAGCCCCUGCCUCAGCCCCAGCCCCAGCCUCAGCCCCAGCCUCAGCCCCAGACUCAGCCCCAGUCUCAGCCCCAGCCCCUGCCUCAGCCUCAGCCCCAGCCUCAGCCCCAGCCUCAGCCCCAGACUCAGCCCCAGUCUCAGCCCCAGUCUCAGCCCCAGCCCCAGCCCCAGCCCCUGCCUCAGCCCCAGCCCCAGCCCCAGCCCCAGCCUCAGCCCCAGUCUCAGCCCCAGCCUACACUGCUGCUCUCAACCAGCAGAGGACAGUGUAGUUAAUCUGAUUUUCGUUUAGAUCCCUUCCAAACUUGUGUUAUUACACAUUUGUAUGCAUCCUAUUCUGAUUCCAAUCAAUCCUCAAAGAUAGGACAAUAGACCUAACCCUCCCAGGGUCUGUACAGGACAAACUGUGCUGAAUGAUAUGCGUUAUUGGUUGUUACGACAUCAUCCCCUCACCCUGUGUCCUCCAGAGGCUGUGUGAGGUGGUGUGUGGCCCUAAUGUCCCAGAGACCAUGUCAUUGCUAUGCUCGGGGGCCCGGGUCUUGUGCCUCUCAGGGGAUCCUCAGUGCCCCUCGCCCAUCUCCCUGGCAGAGCGGGCUGGACAGGCCAUGCAGACGGAACUGCUCAGACACAACGAGUACACAGGUACUGACAUCAGGGGUCCUCUAAGAUCCACAGGUACUGACAUCAGGGGUCCUCUAAGAUCCACAGGUACUGACAUCAGGGGUCCUCUAAGAUCCACAGGUGCUGACAUCAGUGGUCCAGGCUCUAAGAUCCAAAAGAUCUGACCUGAUUGGUUGAAAUUAGUGAAAGAAUGAUCUGAAUUUGGCUGCCUGUGUAAAUGCAGCCUAAGAUCCACAGCACUGCAGUUGUUUUGUGUCUUUGCGUAGUCUCAACUUGUCACUUUCACGAUAUCAGUCAGUACAUCACAAUGUCUGUCUUGUUCAUCAUGCUUUCAAAUAUCUGUUUGUUUUCUUCCUUUACAGAGGCCCCUGCCUAUGCUCAUCAGGUGCCCAGCAGAGACCCUGCGACCUCUGACCCCCCUUCUGCUGCAGGUACCCUUAUACUAUGGGCGCAUUCACAAUAGCCUAAAAUCCUAUCGUUUGAUAUAAAAGGGGACUUCUUAAUGGGUGUAAAACUGUGUAUGUGUGUGUGUGUGUGUGUGUGUGUGUGCGUGUGUGUGUGUGUGUGUGUGUGUGUGUUUGUGUUUGUCUGUGUCUGUGUCUGUGUCUGUGUCUGUGUCUCUGUGUGUGUGUGUGUGUGUGUGUGUGUGUGUGUGUGUGUGUGUGUCUGUGUCUGUGUCUGUGUCUGUGUCUGUGUCUGUGUGUGUGUGUGUGUGUGUGUGUCUGUGUCUGUGUCUGUGUCUGUGUCUGUGUCUGUGUGUCUAUGUGUCUGUGUCUGUGUCUGUGUCUGUGUCUGUGUCUGUGUCUGUGUCUGUGUCUGUGUGUGUGUGUGUGUGUGUGUGUGUGUGUGUGUGUGUGUGUGUGUGCGUGUGUGUGUGUGUGGCAGUAGAGGAGGAGCUCCAUGGGAAGUUGGAGGACGACCGCUUCCUGUUCUCCCAGGAGAAUGACUCUGCAGCCUGUGAUGUUCUGGACCUGAGGGAGGUCAUCUCCAUCUUCCACCGCUCCAACGGGUACUGCAACCUUAUGAUGUUAACAUUGUAGGAGACAUUUCAUAUCCAUAUUUAAGAUUUGAUAUGUUUUAAUACUGUUUAUAAGAUAUAAGGGUGAUUGUUGAUUUCCUCCUCCCCACAGAUCGACUCAUGAGUUUGAAAUGGUGA